UUUUUAUAGUCAUUUUUUUUUCUAAUUAAAUGUAAGUGUCCAAGUAUUGUACAUUAUAUACUAUCAUUCACAUGUCUACACAUUACAACAUAUAUAAAUAAUGUCUAUGUAAUAUGUAGCGGCAAUCCAUGUAAAAGCUAAUGCAACACAUAGAUAUUCCAAUAACUCGCUUAAAUUAAAGCAGUUCAGUUUGCAAAUGUGCAUGAAAAGUUGGUUUUACUAAAUUACCUUCUUCAGGCAGUCAAUGUUUUGGUAAAAUUCAUAUUCUUGUGAACAAGAUACUUACUUACACCUUAUAGUAGGUAUAUUUAUUUUGGUUUGCCUUGUUAUUCCAUAAGGAGCAACUUUGUUAUUAAUCAUUUACCUACAUAUAUUAUUCAGAUUUUCAACAUAUUUUGCGUUGUGAUAAGCGAAAGUUUCGCUGGCGAGGUGAAGGACUCCGUGUUAGUAUAUGAUAGUAGCGGUUUUGUUGGUUAGGGGUGGGUGUUUUUUCUUUAAAGUUGGUAAUUAACGAUUUAUUAAGUUGUACUGAAGAAAAUAAUGUGAUACAUUGGUCGGGAUAAAAGACUGCUGCGCUUAUGACCGACGACACGACUCGAACAAUUCAUGGCAACAUGACUUUUCCCAGGGGCAAUAAAGACGAAAAGAAAAAAUGCCUAAUUAUAAGGCUUUUUGGUCAAGUCCCAGCCCGUUUGGUCCUAUACUUUUUAUCAUGGUCUGGAUUUUUGGUUUCGUUUAUGAUGAGGACGGAUAUAAAUUUGGCCAUAGUAGCCAUGGUAGAAGAGCCUCAACAAACAGCUGUAAAUUCCUCCAGUGAAUAUUGUUAUUCAGUCGAAGAAAAAGAUGAUCCAAUACAAAAGAUUGAUUACGGAGGAACGCUGCAGUGGUCUUCUGAUGAGCAAAGUUAUGUCCUUGCCUCGUUUUAUUGGGCGUACAUAGUUUCUCAAAUUGUGGGUGGUCUAGCUACCCAAAAAUUAGGCACGAAGAAAGUAUUUGGUUAUGCACAGUUGCUUACAGCUAUUAGCAGCCUCUGCAUCCCUUGGGCUAGCGAAACUCAUUGCGGUUUGGUCAUAGCACUUAGAAGUAUCCAAGGAUUCGCAUCGGGGUUAACGUGGCCAGCCAUGUAUGCUUUGGUCGGGCACUGGAUCCCUGUUCCCGAAAGGAGUCGUUUUAUGUCAAGUUUUCAAGGCUUUAGCAUCGGUAUAGGCAUCACUUAUCCUCUGUGCGGAUUUGUUAUUGGGAAAUUUGGAUGGCGAUAUGUAUUUUAUACCACCGGAUCUAUAGGUAUUGCAUGGUGUGUUUUUUGGUAUCUUUUGGCAUUCGACAGUCCAGAAAGUCAUCCUCGUAUUUCGUUGAGCGAACAAAGAUACAUAAAAGAAAAUACCGUAAAUACUUAUGCGGCAGUAAAAACUCAACGAGUUCCAUGGGGUUCCAUAUUCCGUUCGAUGCCGGCAUGGUCCAUCGGUCUUACUACAUUCGGACGUAUUUGGGUCCAUUACACUUUUAUUAUUCCAGGACCGAAAUAUAUGAAGAGUAUUUUACGUUUCAGUAUAGAAAAGAACGGGGUGUUAUCCGGGGCACCGUUUAUUUGUAGCUAUUUAGCGUCGGUUGUUUUCUGCUAUAUAGCUGACAAACUGGUCACUAAUAAUGUCCUUUCCCUUAUAACCGUGAGGAAACUGUUUACUGCCUUGUCUCAGGUUGUUCCUGGUUUCUUGUGCCUGUUGAUUAGUUACCUUGGCUGUGACAUAGUAAUUAUUUUAAUCGUAUGGUUUGUGGCAGUCACCCUGAUAACGGCCUCUUACGCAGGAGCUAUGGCCAACGUUGUCGACAUCGCUCCCAGUUUUGCCGGACCGGUUUUAGCAUUCGCCCAAACGAUCCACAUGACAGCCAGUUUCCUCAGUCCUUUGGCUGCUGGUUAUUUCACAAAUAACGGCCACACGUUAUCGGCAUGGAGGAGCGUCUUCCAUGUUACCGCUGGUGUGGCCAUUUCAACUUAUUUUGUGUACCAAGUAUGGGGAACAGCGGAGGUACAACCGUGGAAUUCUAUUGACGAAUCUUCAAAUGCUGAAAGCGAAUCGAUAUUCAGCAAGAGUCAGCAGUCGUCAAGUUGUAUUGUAAGUUCUAAUAAGAGAAAUGAAGAUGUAGAGAAAAAUACUGCUCAGGUGGCUUAAAAUUAAAAAAUAUGCCUGCA